AAUCAAUAAUCAAACAAACGGCGGAAAAAAAGAUAAAAUUUCCAUUAGAUCAUUGAAGUUUAUAAUUGCGUACUAAAUUCAAAUAUUUAGUUAUUUUGCGUGUCGACCUCAGAAUGGCGACUCCAGUGUUUUGUGCGAUUCUUUUGUUUUUGUCAACCGCUACAGAUGGCGCCAAAAUUCUGGGCAUUUUCAUGACGCCCAGCUACAGUCACCAAAUAGUGUUCCAGCCCAUCUGGAAGGAACUCUCUUUGAGAGGUCACGAGGUAACUGUUUACACGCCUUCGCCUUUGAACGAUCCCAGCUUGACCAACCUGACCGAGUACGAUUUGAGCUUCAGCUUCGAAUAUAUGAAGCAAUUGGAAAAGGCACAAUACGACUUUAACAAAUUCUUCAACAUUUUCGAGCAAAUAUCCGAAGCUCAACUCAAUCAUCCUUACUUGAAAGACUUGCUCAAAAAAGCCAACAAUCAAACUUUUGAUUUACUUUUGGUAGAGUACUUGUGGUCGCCUUACUACGCUUUCAAGGAAAUUUAUAAUGUUCCAAUGGUAGGUAUCACUAGUCUGCCACUUACAAUUGCAAGCUCGGACCAUUUGGGUAUGGAAAGACAUCCGGUGGUCGAUCCAGAUUUAGCGCUACAGUUUUCCAAAGCUGAAACAUUCAAACAACGUGUCCACGCUUGGAUUCACAGCUGGCUCUUUAGGCUUGUGGUCAACUACAAAAUGGUGCCCAAAUUGAAAAAGCAAAUGAAAAAACACUUUGGAAAAGUCGAUAAAACUACAGCCGAAUUGGCCAAGGAAGUUAGUUUGGUUUUAGGAAAUUAUAAUUUGGCUUUGCAAAAUGUCAGACCGAUCACUCCGAAUUUUAUUCCUAUUAGUGCUAUACACGUUCAGCCGCAGAAACCUUUACCAACAGACCUCUCAAAAAUUAUGUCCAAUCUCAAAACAGACGCCAUCUACUUCUCUUUGGGCUCCAACGUGCUAUCGUCUCAAGUCCGCAAUGACCAGCUAAGUAAAAUCCUAAAAGUCUUGGGCAAAUUACCAUAUGCCGUUCUCUGGAAAUACGAAAAGGACAGCCUUCCUGAUAACCUGCCGAAAAACUUCAUCGUGCGCAAGUGGUUCCCGCAACAAGACUUAUUAGGCCAUCCAAAGAUUAAACUUUUCAUAACUCAAGGCGGACUUCAGUCAUUAGAUGAGGCCAUAGCUAGAAAAGUUCCUAUGUUAUCCAUACCGUUUUUAUUGGAUCAGAAGACAAAUUCUGAGAAGAUUGUUGGGUUAGGAAUUGCCGAGACGAUUGAUUUUAAUUUUUUUACUGAAGAGGAGUUGGACGAAAAGGUUCAGAAACUUUUACUUGAUCCAUCCUACCAACAAAAUAUCAAUAAACAGUCGAAAAUCGUUUCUGAUCAACCAAUGAACUCUUUGGACCAGGCAAUAUUUUGGAUCGAAUACGUGCUACGUCACGAUGGUGCGCACCAUUUAAGAUACUCAGCUGUUGAUUUGCCUUUUUACCAGUACUACCUUUUAGACGUUUAUGCUUUCGUACUAUUUCUGGCGCUUUUUAUGAUUGCUAUUUUCAGAAAAAUCAUUUUUGGUACCGUUUUAAUUGGAAGUAGUUUUGUUUCUAAAUAUCGGAAGACGAAAGUUCAAUAAUGUUAAUUGAGGGUAUUGACGUCACAAUAAGUCGGUUGGAGACAUACAAAAUCGGUUAAUAUUUUAUUUAUUUAAUAAAUUAUUUGAUGAUUUUUUAGUUUUAUAUUGACGUUAUAUGAAUAUUUUGAAAAUAUAUUUGGGCUAAAAGAUAAGAA